UACCUCCUUACUUCGUUAAAAGUCAUCCGCGAAGGCUGGCUCAUGAAGAGAGGUGAGCACAUCAAAACAUGGCGCCGGCGAUACUUUAUUCUCAGAGAGGAUGGUACUUUCUAUGGAUAUAAAAGUAUUCCAAGGCAACCACUAAAUAAUUUUACCGUUCGAGACUGUCAGAUAAUAUGCUUGAAUAAGCCCAAGCCCUACACAAUUUUAAUGCGAGGACUUCAAUGGACGACAGUGGUGGAACGACUGUUUUUCGUUGAGCACGAAGCCGAACGAGAUGAGUGGAUCAGUGCCAUCCAAAUGGUUGCUAAUCGACUUCGCUCGGAAAACGAGGCGCCUACCAGUGUUUUCAAGGUUGAUUUCGCUGACGACGUCGUCAUUGACUUUCCUCAGAGGUGGUAUCAAAUCUUAAUUUUUAGGCCACCUAAGCGCUACUCAACAGACGACUUUGAGCUCCUAAAGGUGCUUGGCAAAGGAACUUUCGGCAAAGUUGUUCUUUGCAAGGAAAAGGAAUCCGGCUGCUUCUACGCUAUGAAAAUCCUUAAGAAAACGGUUCUAAUUGAGGUGAUUUUUCUUGUAUUAUAUACUUUCUGCCGUUUUGGCUUCUAG